GCGCAUGCGCGCGGGGAUACCCGUCCGGUCGGAGCUCGAGCGGUGACGGCGCGCGAGGAGCCGACCCGACCGGACCGGCCGCUCGGGGCGUCGCUGCCAAACCCAUUCGGGACUGAAGGUGCUGGCUGCUGGCUGCUGGCUGGUUACCCCGCAGCUUCCCCCCCCCCCCUUACUUUGAAGUUCGAGUCGGCGUCGGGGAAAAAAUUGGAGCGGCCGUCGGCAUGUGCGAGAACCGGUGUAAGAGGAUGGCGGACAGGGACAAGCGGCCCGUCCUGCUCGAUCACAUCCGGACCGCUUUCGCCACCGGCUUCUUCUACGACAAUUACUUGGUGGAACCGAAGGAGCUGGGCAGAGGCAAAUUUGCUGUUGUGAAAAAAUGUGUAGAAAAAGCGACUGGGAAAGAAUAUGCAGCUAAGUUUCUGAAGAAGAGGCGUCGUGGCCUGGAUUGUAAAUCUGAUAUCAUUCAUGAAAUUGCUAUACUUGAAAUGGCAAAGUCAAAUCCACGUGUUAUAGACCUGUAUGAGGUAUAUGAAACGAAUAAUGAGAUCAUCCUUGUAUUAGAAUAUGCUGCUGGAGGAGAAAUCUUUAAUCUUUGUGUAGCUGACCGAGAUGAAGCUCCCACAGAAAAGGAAGUGAUCCGGCUCCUUCAACAGACCCUUGAAGGAGUAGCUUUCCUACACCGAAACAACAUUGUACACCUAGACUUAAAGCCUCAGAAUAUCUUACUAACUAGCUCAUCACCAUUGGGUGAUAUAAAGAUAGUCGAUUUUGGCUUGUCCAGGAGAGUUGGCAGUGUUGGCGAAUUAAGAGAAAUCACAGGAACACCAGAGUACAUUGCCCCUGAAAUCUUGAACUAUGAACCAAUCUCUACAGAAACAGACAUGUGGAGCAUAGGAGUGUUGGUGUACAUGAUGCUGACGGGAGAGUCACCAUUUCAGGGUGAAGAUAAACAAGAAACUUUCCUUAAUAUCUCACAAGUUAAUGUUGAUUAUUCAGAUGAGAUAUUUGAAGGCAUCUCUAAAACUGCAGUUGAAUUUAUUCAACAGCUUCUAGUCAAGAAACCUGAGGACCGAUCGAAUGCUGAAGCAUGUCUUUUUCAUCCUUGGCUGCGAACAGAAGAGUUGAUGAAUAACCCUGUACCAGAAAUUACACCAUGUGUUUCACAGAUGGGGAUGCAGUGCAUUAAAUCUUCAGAGGAGAAGAAUCCUAUUCGAUCACCCACAUUUGGGGCAGGCAGACAUUUGAACAAAGAAAAUAUUUCUGAAGAAUCCUCCAUUGUUCCUAAACGAUUCCGGUUUGAUGAUUCAUACAAAAAUUGCCAUGACAUUACAGAGAGUUGGUAUUCUGAAACUGGUGUAUAGGUGGUUACAGUUACUAGGCACUUUGGGGAAAACAUUUGCAUUUAUGUAUUGGUCUUAACACUUUAUAAAAGUGAUCCUGAUGUAUAUAACAUUGUAAGAGUAACUGCCUCCAUGGUAAAUUCCAUUUGUGGCUCUUGGUGGGCACUGACUUAUGGGUACUUUCAAACUUUUUUUUAAAAAGAAAACAUUUAUAUAGGGCAGUAAUUAUCAAUUUGCACUAAUCUUAGUGGCUCAAAUAUAAAAAAUGUUCUUUUAAUAAAAUGAGCUAAAAUUGUGGUUAUGCUUGGGAUAAUGAGGACCAAUGAAAGCAAAGCUUUGAAAGUUAAAUGUUAACUUGAUUUGUUGUACUUUAAAUGAUUCAAACAGUACUUUGGUAUCAAUACUAUUUAGGGUGUUUUCCUGUACUGGAGAGAUGUGACAAGGGGCAGUGAGUAUUAGUAACAAUCUUUAAAUGCAAAUAUAAACAUUUUGCAGAUGCAACUGCACUAUAGAAGAGGUAAUUGUUGAAUACAUUUAAUUUAGAAAUCUAUUGUUUCAGUAUUUUUAGCAGGUUGAUGAAAAACUAAAAUAUGUUGGAAGUUGGUAGUUCCAGGUUUAAAGAUUAAGCUCUUCAAACAGUAGAACUUGAUGCAACAUACAGUGAUACCCUGCAGGUAGAAUUGUUUUGUGCUGCAUACCAUGCAUAUUAUAUCCAACCUUUAUCAACUCGUCAUGUAAAUUUGCUUAAAAUGCAGUAGAAAUAAAUUAUAAACAAAGUUAUUUAACCAGUUCCAUGGCUAAGGUUUUUGUACUUGUCAACUCAGGAUUUUCAGUCUUCUGUAAUGAAAAGGAGAAAUUAUAUGGGCUGAAAGCAGAAUAAAAAAAGCCCUGGCAUCCAUAUCCGUCUGGAUAUCAGACUCUCAGCUAUUUCCAAAGGAAGUAUUGAAAUUCAAGUGAUAGGUUUUAAUUGUUAUCCUAAUUUUUUGUUGCUUGUGGUAAUUCUCAAUUUCAAUUUAAAUUGAAGGAAUAAAUAUUGUUGAAAAUAUUUGGACCAUUUUUUACAUUGUAUUUACAUUAAUUUUUACUUUAUCUUGGAGUUGUAUGACAGUAUUUUUUUUUGAAGUAAUCUGUAAAAUGAGAUUAAAAUUAUUUGGGAAUAUUACUUUUGUAUUUAUAAAUGGAGAUUUUAAUUACAGAGAUUAGUGUUUUAUGCUUUUAAAUAUCCUAUCAAAACUUAAUAUAACCAUCUAGGAAGAUAGAAUCCUAGCUUAAGGUGCAGAAUGGGUGGGAGAAGACUCAUUUUUUGCAAUGGCUGCUAUUAUAAGCCAUGAAAUUUCUGUAACCUUAUAGAUUUAUUUUCCUAGUAUUAACAAAAAAUGAAAAUUUUGCUAUGCACACUAAUGUUUUGUAAUUUGGUAAUUAAAUCUGGUGAUUAAGUAUAGCUAUCCAUGCUUGGAAAUCUAUUUAUUUUCUUGAAGUGUUGCAAAUUAUAAUAAAGUCAGUUUCUCAAGAAUC